CUUAGUCAAUUCCAAACAAUUCCAAACAACCCCAAACAACUCUAUGUAAACAAAAUGCUUACUCCAUAUUUAUUUGGCCAUCCCACUCUCCCGUUUCUCCGUCCUCCGCCGAAUGCACCACCACCCUUGCUCGCAUCAGGUAAGCUGAGCGCCUCCGCAAAAUGUCGGUUUGUCCGAGCGCCGUCUUGUCGGCGAAGUUCUCCAGCUUCAAGUCUGCAAAUGAUCUCAAAAGACCUAACUUUUGUCUCUCUUCCUCCAAUUUCUGUACAUUAGGUCGGAAGAUAGAACCUGUUUCCACCCCAAUCUUGUCAUUCUCAGAUGGUCAGAGUAAGCAGACUAGGAGAUCGUUGCGAGUACGUGGAUUAUUUGGCGGUAAAAAGGGCAAUAAUGACAAUGCCGACAAGAUUGACAAUGCUUCAAAGGCUGGAAUAUUGGGAAACAUGCAAAAUCUCUAUGAGACAGUAAAAAAGGCACAGAUGGUUGUCCAAGUUGAGGCGGUGCGCGUCCAGAAAGAACUUGCAGCAGCAGAGUUUGAUGGUUAUUGCGAAGGGGAGCUCAUUAAGGCAACUCUGACGGGUAACCAGCAGCCCUUGCGGAUUGAGAUAACUGAAGCCGCAAUGGGAUUGGGAGCACAAAAACUCUCUCUUUUGGUUACUGAGGCAUACAUGGAUGCUCACCAAAAAAGUGUACAGGGAAUGAAGGAGAGAAUGAGCAAUCUUGCUCAAAGCUUAGGAAUGCCAGAAGGCCUAAGUGAGGGCUUGAAGUAGUAGUGAUAUAUAUUUGAAGUUCUUUUUUUUUUUCAUUGAUUUUUUUAUUAUUAAUUGUUGACCAAUAUAAUAAAAUAAUACCAUGUUC